AUGGGGAAACGAAUUAGAAAAAGAGAUCCCCAUACUCCUAGGAAGAAGAAGGUUGCCCGCUACCAUUGCCUUACAUGUGGCGAAACCAAGCACGAGCGUCACUUUGCUGACUUCAACCCUUCUGCUGAAUGCGAGCAUCUCAUAAACACCUGUAAUUCAUGUCUUAAGAGAUACGUAGACACACAGAUCGAGGACGCGAACGUAAGAAUAGGUGGAGACGAUAACAAGACAUUUGGCAUCCGCUGUCCAGAAUGUCCUGCUAUCAUGAAGGCUGACGACAUCAAGACUGCUGCUUCCGAGAACAUGUUUGCGCGUUUCGAGAAAGUUGAGCGUAUUCAUAUCGGCAACAACACACCAGGAUGGCGUUGGUGUCAAGCUUCGUCUUGUGAUGAGGGACAAGUGCAUGGGGAGACGCCAGAUGAUGAUGAAAGCAAAACAGCCAAAGAAGAACCAGAUACAACGGACAUUUGUAAAUGUCGCAAGUGCGGAGCACUGUCCUGCGUACCCUGCGAUCGACCGUAUCAUCGAGGAGAAUCGUGCAAAGCAUAUCAACUGCGCAUCAAAGGUCACGUUGAUGAGGAAGACGAAGCGCUGAGGGUCAUCGGUAGUAUUACUCAACCCUGCCCUGAGUGCGGUGUACGAAUACUCAAGGACGGCGGCUGUGAUGAUAUGGAGUGUAAGUAGCCGUGUUCAGCCAGGAUUGAGCAUUCACUAGCUAACCCAACUAGGUACCAAGUGCCGUGCAGAAUUUCUUUGGAAAAAUAACGAAGCAUAAGCCUCUCUAGAUACGAAUAUACUCUCAAAGUUUAUGCCGUCUUCGCAGCAUUAUCAUACUCCUUCCAGAUCAACCCCUCAGGUAGCACUUUCCACUGCUCAUCCUCAC